AACGACGACCGCACCCCCCCAGCACGACUUUCAAUUCACGCACACCCAAACCGUGCACGAAUCCAGGCAAGCUUGUUUUGUUUUAGUAAGUGGAACAACGCGGUAGAGCAACUACCGGUAUCGCAUCGUACGAUCGCACGGGAGCAACGAAGACGGAAUAUCGAACAAUCCUCUAGCUGGCCUUCCGCUAUCAUCUUUCCCUAACAGCGUAAGGUGUGUUACCCCCUCGGCAAGCGACCAUGGCGGUUGCCUUUUGUACUCGUUACCCUAUUGAUUGAUGCCGGGAUCUUGGUGGGAGAUGGUGUGGGAGAGGCGUAGUCUGUAGUUGGUGUAGUUGGUGGUGUUGCAUUGGCUGGUGUUGCCUGAAAUAUGGCCCUUGCGACGGUCCGCUUCGGGAGCGACCGGAAAGGAGGCAUCGACCAUGGAAUAGGGCAGCGAUGGCACCUGCAGUAACUUGACCGUUAGAGUUUAGAUACSACGGCCUUGGCUCUUGAUGGAGAGUGUGACGGCGUCAAUGGUUUUUGGCGCUGUCCUUUCCGAGAUGCAAGACGAUUGUUGGGAACACAGAAAGGAUUGAACACUCCUCCGGGAUGGGUUAUCGCUUGUUGCUUGGUUUGGAAUGUCUAGAACACAGAACCGAGCACAGGCGAAACAAAACUCCGAAGCAACAUACCGACACCCGUUCGGCCAGCUAGCUAUUCUACUCUGUGGUGAACAGAUCCACCUGCUCCUGAAGUAUGCAUGCCAUUGCCUCGAUCUGCAACCGGAAUCCCCGCCAUCCACUAGACACACACAUCCUCCCCACUCUCCUCCGGGAACGCCUCGGUCAUCCCCUACCUCGAUCCCCGCCCUCGUUCGAUUGCACCGAACCAGAAAUGCCGGUCGUUUCUAACUCUUGUUCGCUCACGCACCCGUUUUCGUUUUCUCGUUCCCUUUUCCGCCACCCGCAGAUCAUCGCCCGUCGCACUUUUUCGGUAACCACCCAACCCCACCAAUAGCAAGAUGCCCCAUUCCUACGGAGUCCGAGCGCGCACGCGCCACAUGUUUGCCAAGAAAUUCCGGCAGCAUGGACCCAUCCACCUCUCGCAAUACUUGAUGAACGUCAAGGUCGGAGACUACGUCGACAUCUUUGCCAACCCYUCCAUCCACAAGGGUAUGCCCCACAAGGGAUACCACGGACGCACCGGUAUUGUCUUCAACGUUACCAAGGCCUCGGUCGGUGUUCGUGUCAACAAGCUCGUCAACGGACGCAUCAUCGAGAAGCGCAUCCAUGUCCGAAUCGAGCACGUCCGUCACUCCAAGUGCCAAAAGGAAAUCCUCGCCCGAAAAGUCUCCAACGAGGCCGCCAAGGCCGAAGCYCAGAAGACCGGUGUCAAGGUCAACCUCAAGAGAACACCCAAGCUUCCCAAGGAAGGAUAUUUCUUGAAGAGCCCCGGCGACACGGAACUCACCACCAUUCAGCCUCUUCCUUUCAGUGACUUGGUAUAAACUACACGCGGAAGUACAAGCCAAGCACCGGAAGAAAAGAAACGAAAGGAAACCAAUAACACACUUAAAAUGCAUCUUACCCCCAAACUGUUACAUC